AUUCACAGAACUGCAGCCUCACUACCAGAAAACUUCCACUCCUGUUCAAAGAGGGCUGCUUUCCUACCCCUUAUCCUAGGGGUCUCCCUCGCCUCCUCCUUUGUAGCUGCCGGUUUAGGCGCUGGUGCUCUCGGGCACAGCGUCCACUCUGCCCAGGACUUGGAGACACGCCUACAGGUUGCCAUAGAGGCCUCCUCAACCUCCAUCGGGUCGCUCCAGCGACAACUAACCUCUGUAGCCCAAGUUACCUUGCAGAACCGACGAGCUCUGGACCUGCUAACCGCUGAGAAAGGAGGAACCUGCCUCUGCCUCCGGGAAGAAUGCUGUUACUACAUCAAUGAGUCCGGAUUGGUCAAGGAAAACGUGCAGACCCUGAAUAAGUUACAAGAGGAGCUCCAGCGCCGGAGAGGGUCCACCAGCCCUCCCUCAGAUUGGUGGCAAUCACCCCUGACUACAUGGGUAGUGCCACUAAUAGGCCCACUCGUCCUAAUCAGUCUCCUGCUUCUAAUGGCCCCCUGUUUUUUAAACUUUCUACAGAACCGCCUCCACGAGAUGUCCAGAGUUACAGUGAACCAGCUGCCACUCCACCCACACUCCCGCUGCCCACGAGCCCUCCCGUCGCUGACCAGGCCUAGGACCCCUCUCUGCCCCAUUGUCAGCAGGAAGCAGUAAGAUUGACCUCGCCGCCCCUGUAUAACCAAAAAGGCCGGAAUGUUAGGUCAGCUACGGGCAUGGUCAAAACGGCCAGGAGCCAAGUCAGACCUCUCUGCCAAGUCAGACCCCUCCCCAGGAGCCAAGUCAUGCCCCUCUGCCAAGUCAGACCCCUCCCCGCAUGA